AUGGCUGAAAUCCCGCAGUUCGAUGAGGUUAUGGAGCUCACCGACGAGGACCUCGAAGCGAUGGAGCUCCCGGAUGACCCCGCUGGAUCCAACCUCCCGCGCACCCGUUCGCCCACGGAACUCCCCGCAUCCAAGAAACCGUGCGUCGACGCCGAUCCCAGCUCUUCCCACGACUCGGCUGCUGCUACCUCUGGUGUCAUGGAGGGGCCCGCUGGCACGCCCGAGAAACCCGUGAUGCAGACCACCAGCACAAACGCCUCCGCCGCUGCAGGCGUUGCCUCGGCUCCAAGCGUCGCUGACCCCGCUCUCCCGGCUCCGUCGACCCCCGGCCCGAGCUCCUCAACCCCGAUCGGCCCUGCUGGGACCGCCGACACGAACGCUACGGCGAUCCCGUCUGUGGAGAUGCCCCCCGAACCCGAGCUGCCGCGCUCCUCUCGCCAGCCGGCUCCGCCUCCCCCGACUCUACCCCCCCCCAUCCUCAUGACGAGUAGCCGCUCUGUGGUUACUCUGCUCUUCCCUGAGGCAGGAGCUGACGCCAUCCGUGCCACACUCAUCUCCAAAAUCCUCGCGAAACUGAAGCCUUCCCUCUUUGACUGCGGAUUUGUUCCUGACGCCCGCCCCACCAACGGAGAAACCCUGCGCUUCGCCGGUCGGUCCUAUGCGACGAUCUGUUUUUCCUGGCCUACAGAACAAUCCGCCCGCGAGUUCCUCCCUAUCUUCAACCACCCCAUCGAGCUCGCUCACGGACGCUCUAUCUUGGUCAAAUCGUACGUUGACCCUCACCCCGAUUUCACCACGGCCAAGGCAAUCGGGGCCCCCGUUCUCUCCCUGCGCCGGGUGCCCCCCCGUUUUGACGAAUCAAACCUGCUGACGUACCUGGUGCCACGCUGGCUGGCGGGAAUCAACUCCUUCCACCGCAUGCAAGACCCCUAUGACGGGGUUUUCCUCAACAUCUUCUCUGGAAUCCCAAUCCCACUGGCGGCAGACCCGGAGUUCCGCUCCAUUCCAGCACUGAUACCCGUCAGCGGCAAUGAGCUUGCUAUACUCCGCCGACUCAUGGCAUGCUACGCGGAUGAUGUCACUCUCUUUCUCACCUCAGACACAGAGCUUGGCCUCGCAGUUAUACUCCUCGGCGUUUUCGGUUCUGUGUCUGGGGAGGUACCCAAUUGGAACAAAUGCUCCAUUAUUCCCUUCAAUAUUUCCCCCACUGACCUCGCGCACGCCGGGCCUAUCCCCGUCCGAGCCCCCAGUGAAGCAUAA